CAUUUCAGUAUCCAUAAAUUGACUAAAUUUUCAUCUGCAAGAAAAACUGAUUAGAUGAUUAAUUUGUGAAUUUUUACAAUUAUAUCUUCCAAACUAGGUCCUCAGCUUUCAUUCUAUGUAUCAUUUACAUAUUAAAAUGUAUGUAUGAAGAUUGCAAAUUUUUUUCAAUAAAUCGAGGCAUUCUCUCGUCCAAAUAAUGUUUAUUUUUUAAUCGGUAACAUUGGGAAUGAUAUUAAAAUAAUAAGAUAUAUAUAUAUUAGCGCAGUAUAGUUUAAUAUUUCGUAAACAAAAGAAAUUAUAUGACUGGAAGAUGGAAUUAAUAAAAAUUAAAAAUGUUUAUUUAAUGUCACUUACUAGAUUUAUAUUUUACAAACUCCAAUGCAUUAAGUAGCAUAAAUACAGACAACACUUCAUUGAUAGAUUAGAUAUAGUAAAUUAGUUAUUGAACUAAAUGUAGAAAGUGACAAAAAAUUUAUCUAUACAUUAAAGUCAUGAAGAUAAUUUGUGCUGCAAAAACAUGUAAAUACUCUUUAGAGAGUGAAGACUCGACCAAUGUUAAAUUUAUUCAUUUCCCAAACAAUGAUACAUCAAAAAUAUGGGCACAUCAGUGUGAUAGAACAGAUCUUUUAACAAAAUCUAAUGAAGAAUUGUAUUUAAACUAUUACGUAUGUUCUCAUCAUAUAGAGGAUCGUUAUUUCAUAAAUAAAACAAAUCCUGUGAUAAUAGAUCAACAUGCUAUUCCAACUUUAUUUGAAUCUCAUACUAGUAUUGAAAAAGGUUCAAGAAAUGUUUUUGAUAGAAAUGAACAAAUAGCUGAUAAUGUGUUAUCAUAUUAUGAUAUGGAUGUUGAAAUAGAUCAAUAUCAUGAUAUGAAUAUUAAAUUUUCAAAUUUAUGUAGAAUAUGCCAGGAAUCAUGUUUGGAUGGUAUAGAAAUAUUUUCAUUGAAAGGGAUGGAUUUAAAACUAAGAGAAAAAAUAAAUUUACAUCUACCAAUUACAGUUGAUAAGGAAGAUAUAAUGCCACAAAAAUUGUGUAUGAACUGUUAUAACAGAUUAGAAAUUGCACAUUCGUUAGCUGUAACAUCAUUAAAAACAGACAUGAGGUUAAAAAAAUUUUUGAACAUUAAUGUAAAACUAAAUUAUGAUCAUAGAUAUAGUGCAAUAGUAAAGAAGUGUUCCGUAGAAAUAGCUGAAGAAAUGUAUAUGAAUGAAACAACUGAAAUUACAUCUGUAGAGUUAUCUUCUGACAAAAUUAAUGAAAUUUCUAUGAAUCACGAAGUCACUGAAAAAUUUAAUAAUUUACAAAAUAUUAACAUGCAAAAAGAUAAUUUUAAAAAUAGUAUAACAAAACAAGUGCAGUCUGAUUUAAAUUGCUUUAUUGAAUCACACAAUAAAGAAAUUAAAGAAGAUGAAUGUACAACUGGUAUAACAAAAGAUUAUUCAGAAAAUAAAACAUUAAAUAAUACAAUUCAAUGCAUUUAUUGCAAGAAUGUGUUUAAAACACAAGAAAUAUUUGAAAAUCACAAAAUGUUGUGUGUUGAAGGAAAAAUAGUCAUACAAAAGGAAAAAAAAAACACUAAUAAUAAAGAAUCUGAUAAUAUAAAAAUAAUGAACUUCCAAUUUGUAACGAAAACUUGUAAUAUUUGUCAUGAACAUUUUGAAACUGAAAAACACUUUAUUGAACAUAUCUCAUGCUGCAAAUUUCUUCAAGAAGAUUAUCGAAUUACUGACCAUAAAGCAAUCGCAAAGACGGAACAGUACAAUAACUACAGAGAUUCCUACAAUAUUAAUAAUCUAUUGAUAGAAACUAAUAAAAAAUGUGGCCACUGUAAUUUGAUUUAUAACACUAAAAAGGAAUUAUUAAAUCAUAUUAUGGAAUGUCAUGAGGGUCAACUUUUAUUUAAAUGUAUCAUGUGUGACAAAAGCUAUGACAAAUGGGUUAGUUUAGACAUACAUGAAGCCACUCACAGAAGAGAUAAACCUUAUCUAUGCGAUUUAUGUGGAAAAAGCUUUAAACAUUCCAAUAAUUUAAGAGGUCACAAAAGAACACAUUUAGAUGAUUCAAAAAAGAAACGACACAUUUGUGAUAUUUGUGGAAAUGCAUUUAGAUCUAGAUUUCAUUUGGGAGAACAUAUGAACCAGCAUAAUGGAAAUAAACCUUACUCUUGUGAAAAAUGCGGCAAAGCUUUUUACAAAAGAAUACAAUUAAGACAGCAUAAACUUUCUCAUGGUUUAAAUAAACAUAUUUGUCCAAUUUGUGGGGCAGCUUUCAAUCGUAAGGGAAAUAUGAAUACACAUCUUAAACGUCAUAAUAACAGAAAUGAUAUGUAUACAUGUAGUAUAUGUACACACAGAUGUAAAUCAAUGAGUGAACUGAAAACACAUAGAAAAAAUCAUACAGAGCAAGACAUAGAAAAUAUAAGUAAACGGCGUAUCGAUAAAACUAUAUGGAAAUGUAAGAGUUGUAGUCGAAUAUUUUCAACUCGAGCGGUAUUAUUGAAUCAUGAACAUAUACAUAAAAAAGACAGAAUAUGUAUCGACUGCAAUAUUUGUGGGAAGAAAUUAGCGAGUAAAAAUUCUUUAAUAUAUCAUAAAAAGUCUAUUCAUUCUUCGGAGAGACCGCACACAUGUCAAUACUGCAAAGAAUCGUUUGUUUCCAAAGAAUCGCGUCUUAUACACGAAAGAAUACAUACUGGAGAACGUCCUUACGUCUGUAAAAUAUGUAAAAUGGAAUACAGAUGUUCAAGCAAUCUUAAUCAACACAUGAAAAUUCAUUCUGAUAUUAAGCCUUAUAAAUGUACAUACUGUAAUAAAAGUUUCACACGAAAAGGAGCAUUAAAUGUACAUGAGAGAAUUCAUACUGGAGAGAAACCAUUUGCCUGCCAAAUAUGCGAUAGAACAUUUUCUCAAAAAAAUGACAUGAUCAAGCACACUAAAACGCACGAUGCCAAAUCAUUGUCUUGUGAGCAAUGCGAUGAAGUGUUCGUAAAAAAGAAAAGUAUCCUGAAACUUAUUGGUUUACAUGAAAAAAAUCCAAUAAUUCAGGAACAUAUAGAGGUACAACAAGAAAUGGAAUCUUAUAAUGUAAAUAUAGCAUGUUCUGAAUUUGAGUAAUUUAUACAGUAAAUAUUAGGUACUAAAAUAAUAUAUCUGUAUAUUAUAUUAUGUGAUUCAAUUAUUAAUAAAAAAAACUCUGUUUUCGUAAUGUGUUUCUGUUGUAAAAAACGAGAAUAAAAUUAAUCUUAAAUAAUGUAAUAAUAAUUAUUUCUCAAUAAUGUAAUUGUUAAGAACUAUAAAUAAUAUUCUUGUUAACAUAUUGUGUAAUCGUAGAUUUGAUAAGAAUUGACGUUGGAAUUAACUAAUAAAUUAUUCAUUAUGAUGAUACUGAAAAAUGCUUAUUACACGCACACAUUAGAGUUCGAUAGUUCAUAAUUCUAAAAAAAAAAAAAAAAUAGCAAAAAUUAAUAUUUUAAAUAUUGUAUGAAGUAAUUUUAUUCAAUAAAUUAAGUACUCUGUAUGAUUAAAUUUUUUAGAGAAUAAUGAUAAGAUAAACAUUAUUGUUUUGAUAUAAUAGUUAUAUUAAAUAAUAAUAAAAAUCUCAACUGAUAAAAAAUUUUUACAUUCUGAAUAUAAUCAUUUUAAUAUUAAUCCAUUUUAAAUAUAAUCUUGUAUUUGAUAUUUUAAUUAUAUUAAUUAUGAAUUAUAUUUAUUAGACUUAUUAUACGACAAUUUAGUAGGAUAAAUCAAUAUAUUUCUUACUAAAACUGGUAGAUAUCUAAAUCACAGUGCAUGCUACUGUUUCUUUGAAAAUGUUCCAUUAAAAUUUUGCUCUAUAUAAACGUAAAUUAUUUACGUAAUCGAGAUUUCAAAUUUAUGAUAUGCACAUUUUAUGCAUUAUACGCAAUUCGAUUUCUCAGAAUGAAUUUUAAAGAAUGGUUUUAAUGCGAAAAUCGCAGAAUAUCGCAGUGUUAUUAUGAUUCUAUGUCAUUAUAAUUGUAAAUAUUAACUUAUAAAAGAUUUGAAAAAAUGCAUUUUCACUUACUUUCCCGACAGAAAUACCUAAUAGAGCAUCUCCAUCAUAUUUCAAAGUAAUUCAACUAGUUUAUGUGUUUAUCAGUAAUUAUUAUUAUUAUAUAAUUCAAGCAACAUUCAACAACAAGCUGAAUAA